GCACAGUUGCAGAAAGAGUUGUGGUGUAUAGGUAGGCUUCCAUCCCGCCAUGUGACUGCUUAUUAGUUACCAAACAAAAAGCGGCGCGUGGAUCUCUCUCUCUCUCUCCGCUGCUCAUUCUCUGCCUCUUAUUACUCCACAACCUUAGCUUAAGCUUUUCAUUCACUAAACUAACUUCCUCAAAUCAAUUACAAUUUUUGGACAUUUUCUCUCUCAACCCUCCAACAAUAUUCCCUUCUCUCUCAUCAUUCUCAUGACAUAAUCACAUCACACAAUUGAUUUCCUCAAUUACUUCUAAUCCACAAUCAAAUAGCGCAGCAUGGAAGAAUCUGCGCCCCAACCCAAACCAAUCUUACAGAAACCCCCCGGUUACCGGGACCCCAACUCCAAACCGCCACCACCUCCUCCUCGAAAGCUCAUGCUGCCCCCCUCCUUCCAGCCCAAACGGAAGCGUCGCAACUUCUGCCGCAUAUGCUGCUGUACCUUCUGCAUCCUCAUCCUCAUCCUCCUCCUUGUGCUCGUUAUCGCCGCCGCUCUCUUCUACCUCAUCUACGACCCCUCCCUCCCUGAGUUUCACCUCGGCUCCUUCCGCGUCCCCAAACUUAACGUCACCAAUGCCGCCGACGGGGCCUACCUGGCUGCCGACACGGCCGCACGUGUCGAGGUCAAGAACCGCAGCGGCAGGAUGUCGUGGCAUUUCUCCCAGAGCCGCUUCUCGGUUUCGGCGGAGAACGGGGACCUGAAUCUGGGGUCCACGAAGGUGGCCGGGUUCACGGUGAAGGAGAAGGGCGUGACCGAGCUGAAGGCGGAGACGAGCGUAAAGGAGCUGGCAUUGAAUGAGAAGCAGAGGAGAAGGCUUAAGAGCGCUGUGGAGAGCAAAGCGUUGGUCCCCACCGUGGAGGUUCGAACCAAAACCGGUGUUGGCUUGGAGGGUUGGAACUCACCCUCCAUCUCCGUCACUGUCGUCUGCGGAGAUGCCACCGUGAGACAACUCGAUAAAGGAGACCCUCCCCUUUGCUCCAUCACUCUCCUCAAAUGGAUCAAAAUACGAUGAGUUGGGGAUGUGUUCUGCCAGAUUGAUGUCCACUGCGCGCCAUUUAGAUCGAGGUGAAGAUUUUGUGCGCUUGUAUCUAAAUUAUUUUUAUAUUCUUCUUUUUUCUCUUUACAAAGUAAAGGAAGAAUGAAAAUGUAAAUUCUUUGCUUAGAAAAAAGAAAAGAGUCUCUUCUACAGCAGAUCAACUUGCUGCUGGUUCUCCCAAAUGCGAUGUGGGAUGCACAUAAGACCAAUACGUGAGGUUGUAUUUAUCAAAUAUUUAUUGUUUUUUAUGUGGCUGGUGAUCGUAGGAAUCGUAAGUACUCGAGAAAAUGUUCUCUGUCUUUCUCUUUUUAAUAAGAAGAAAACCACAAUGUGAUGAGGCACACCCUGGAUUACUCA